AGUGUAGGCAGAAUGAGCGCUGAAGGGGUGGGACAAUAGUCCAAAGAGAGGCGAGAAGCGCAAGAGAGUCGGUGUAGGCAGAAUGAGCGUUGAGAAGCGAGUGAAACGGGAGUUGGAAGAAGAUGAGGAAGAUGAGGGAGUUGCAGGAAAAUAUCGGCGACAUGAGCAUGAAGACAGAAGGAGUCGCCACUGCCCAUAUCUGGAUACAAUUAACAGGAGUGUAUUGGACUUUGAUUUUGAGAAGCUGUGUUCCAUCUCCCUUUCACACAUCAAUGCGUAUGCUUGCCUUGUUUGUGGGAAAUACUUCCAGGGUCGAGGCUUGAAGUCCCAUGCCUACAUCCAUAGUGUUCAGUUCAGUCACCACGUUUUCCUUAAUCUGCACACACUGAAGUUCUACUGCCUUCCGGACAACUAUAAUAUCAUUGACUCCUCCCUGGAAGACAUUACGUAUGUGCUGAAGCCGACCUUCACAAAACAGCAAAUCAGUAACUUGGACAAACAGGCCAAGCUGUCCCGAGCAUAUGAUGGUACCACUUACCUCCCGGGCAUCGUGGGACUCAAUAAUAUCAAAGCUAAUGAUUACGCCAAUGCUGUUUUGCAGGCUCUCUCAAAUGUUCCUCCUCUGAGAAAUUACUUUCUGGAAGAAGAGAAUUAUUGCGAUAUCAAGCGCCCUCCUGGGGACAUCAUGUUCCUGCUUGUGCAGAGAUUUGGAGAAUUAAUGCGCAAACUGUGGAACCCCAGGAACUUUAAGGCUCAUGUCUCCCCACAUGAGAUGCUUCAGGCAGUUGUUCUCUGCAGCAAGAAAAACUUCCAGAUCACCAAGCAAGGUGAUGGGGUGGACUUUCUUUCUUGGUUCCUGAACGCACUUAAUUCUGCUCUUGGAGGCAACAAGAAAAAGAAGACCAUUGUAUCAGAUGUGUUCCAAGGAUCCAUGCGGAUAUUUACCAAGAAGUUGCCCCAUCCUGAUUUGCCUGCAGAGGAGAAAGAGCAACUGAUGCAGAAUGAAGAAUACCAAGAAAAAAUGUUGGAAUCUCCCUUUAUGUACCUGACCCUAGACCUCCCCACUGCCCCCCUGUAUAAAGAUGAGAAGGAGCAGCUGAUCAUCCCACAGGUCCCUCUCUUCAGUAUCCUGGCCAAGUUCAAUGGAAUCACAGAGAAGGAGUACAAGACAUAUAAGGAGAAUUUCCUGAAGCGAUUCCAGCUGACCAAACUUCCCCCGUUUCUGAUAUUCUGUAUUAAACGUUUCACCAAAAACAAUUUCUUUGUUGAGAAGAACCCAACCAUUGUGAAUUUCCCCAUAACGAAUGUUGAUCUGAGAGAAUACUUGGCAGAUGAAUUCCAAUCCUCGCACAAAAACACAACCUACGAUCUCAUUGCCAACGUAGUGCAUGAUGGGAAGCCCAAUGAGGGCUCAUACCGUAUCCACGUCCUGCAUCACGGCACAGGGAAGUGGAACGAAUUACAAGAUCUUCAGGUGACAGACAUCUUGCCCCAGAUGAUUACUCUGUCUGAGGCCUAUAUACAGAUCUGGAAGAGACGAGAUGAUGACGAUGAGAAGAAGCAGCAGGGUGCUUAACCAACAUGGAACAGCCAAGUACCUUGCGGAAUUGAAAAUUCCCAUGUGGGGGCAGGGCUCAUCCAAAGGCAACGUCUCCCUUUAAAGGUUCAGAGGCUUUGCAGCCUGAGACUGGAUUUUCCUCACACUCCCACCAAUGAAACAGGGUUGCCAUGUUAGUAAGUUUCUGUGAAGUGAUGGCCUUUGCCCUGACUUUGCUGCUUUAUCACGUAGGACAUGAAAGAGCGAGUGUGUGGGCAGUGUGUGACGAAGGAAACCUGUAAGGGCGGCCAUUCCAGACUUUUUUUUUUUGUUAUUUUGAAAGAUGUUUCAGUAUAUAUUUUUUUUUUUUACCCCCUGUCCGUUUUAAUAAACUUUUAUUCUUGGAAA